AUGGUCCUCAAGAUCCGCCUCGCGCGCUUCGGCCGCACCAACGCGCCCUUUUACAACAUCGUCGUUGCCCACGCGAGGACGGCGCGCAACUCCAAGCCCCUCGAGGUCAUCGGCACGUACGACCCCAUCCCCAAGCCCGACCAGUUCGACGGCUCCGGCAAGCUGCACAAGGACAUCACGCUCGACUCGCUGCGGGCCAAGUACUGGAUCGGCGUCGGCGCGCAGCCUUCGGACACAGUGUGGCGGUUGCUGUCGAUGGUCGGCAUUCUCGCCCCGAAGCAGCGCUCCGGACAGCGGCAGACCCCGCCCACUCCUGCGACGAAAGCGACUCAGGAUGCCGCGGCAUCAUCGAGCCAGGCGUGA